CCGCGGGGGUGGAGCCGCGGCCAGGGGCGGGUCCGCAGCUGGCGGCGCCGGGGCCCGGGGCGGAGGCUGUGGCAGCAGCUGCAGCGGCGGCGGCGGCGGCGGCGGCGGCAGCGCCAGGAGGUGCUACAGCAGAGGCGGAGGUUGCUCCUGUACGCGUCCGGGCCGCUCGGCCGGAGCCGCAGCCCAGAGGCGCCGGGCGGUGCGCUGGGUGCUGCUGCUGCUGCUGCCCACCCUCCGCCGCCUGGGCCCCCGCUGCCGCCCGGGCCCCGGCUGCCGUCUGCGCCCCCGUCGACCCCGCCCGCGAGUGCGCCCCAGCCGGGACGCCGCCCCCGGCCGGGUCUCCACUUCUUGGCCGCACCUUCCAUGACAGCGCCCGCGAGAAGAUGGCUGCGAAGGGCGCGCACGGCUCCCACCUGAAGGUGGAGAGCGAGCUGGAGCGCUGCCGCGCCGAGGGCCACUGGGACCGCAUGCCGGAGCUGGUCCGGCAGCUACAGACGCUGAGCAUGCCCGGCGGCGGAGGUAACAGGCGAGGCAGCCCGAGCGCAGCGUUCACCUUUCCGGACACCGAUGACUUUGGGAAAUUGCUGCUGGCUGAGGCCCUCCUGGAGCAGUGUUUGAAGGAGAACCAUGCCAAAAUAAAAGACUCCGUGCCUUUGCUGGAGAAGAAUGAGCCGAAGAUGAGCGAAGCCAAAAAUUAUCUAAGCAGUAUCCUUAACCAUGGGAGGCUCUCGCCACAGUACAUGUGUGAGGCCAUGCUGAUCCUGGGCAAACUGCAUUAUGUGGAGGGCUCAUACCGAGAUGCCAUCAGCAUGUACGCGCGGGCCGGGAUUGAUGACAUGUCCAUGGAGAAAAAGCCCCUGUAUCAGAUGCGGCUGCUGUCGGAGGCUUUUGUCAUCAAAGGCCUCUCUCUGGAACGCCUACCCAACUCCAUCGCCUCCCGCUUCCGCCUGACAGAGAGGGAGGAGGAAGUGAUCACCUGUUUUGAGAGGGCCUCCUGGAUCGCUCAGGUGUUCCUGCAGGAAUUGGAGAAGACCACAAAUAACAGCACGUCGAGGCAUCUGAAAGGCUGUCACCCGCUUGACUAUGAGCUCACCUACUUCCUGGAAGCCGCCCUCCAGAGCGCCUAUGUGAAAAACCUGAAGAAGGGGAACAUCGUGAAGGGCAUGAGAGAGCUCCGGGAGGUGCUGCGGACUGUGGAGACCAAAGCAACUCAGAACUUCAAAGUGAUGGCGGCCAAGCACCUGGCGGGGGUCCUGCUGCACUCCCUGAGUGAGGAGUGCUACUGGAGCCCCCUGUCCCACCCUCUGCCUGAGUUCAUGGGCAAGGAGGAGAGUUCUUUCGCCACUCAGGCCCUGCGGAAACCUCACCUCUAUGAAGGAGACAACCUCUACUGCCCCAAGGACAACAUCGAGGAAGCCCUCCUGCUCCUCCUCAUCAGCGAAUCCAUGGCAACUCGAGAUGUGGUGCUGAGCCGGGUGCCGGAGCAGGAGGAGGACCGGACAGUGAGCUUGCAGAAUGCCGCAGCCAUCUAUGACCUCCUGAGCAUCACGCUGGGCAGAAGGGGACAGUACGUCAUGCUCUCAGAGUGCCUGGAGCGAGCCAUGAAGUUUGCGUUUGGAGAAUUUCACCUUUGGUACCAGGUGGCCCUCUCCAUGGUGGCUUGUGGGAAGUCAGCCUACGCUGUGUCCCUGCUGCGGGAGUGUGUGAAGUUGCGGCCCUCGGACCCCACCGUGCCCCUGAUGGCCGCGAAGGUCUGCAUCAGGUCCCUUCACUGGCUAGAGGAAGCAGAGCGCUUUGCCAUGAUGGUGAUCAGCCUCGGAGAGGAAGCCGGGGAGUUCCUCCCCAAGGGCUACCUGGCUCUGGGUCUCACCUAUAGCCUGCAGGCCACCGACGCCACCCUGAAGUCCAAGCAAGAUGAAUUGCACCGGAAGGCACUGCAGACGCUGGAGAGGGCUCAGCAGCUGGCACCCAGUGACCCCCAGGUCAUCCUCUAUGUCUCGCUGCAGCUGGCCCUCGUCCGACAGAUCUCCAGUGCCAUGGAGCAGCUGCAGGAGGCCCUGAAGGUAUGCAAGGAUGAUGCCCACGCCCUCCACCUGCUGGCACUGCUCUUCUCUGCCCAGAAGCACCACCAGCAUGCCCUGGAUGUUGUCAACAUGGCCAUCACCGAGCACCCUGAGAACUUCAACCUGAUGUUCACCAAGGUGAAGCUGGAGCAGGUGCUGAAAGGCCCAGAGGAAGCCCUCGUGACCUGCAGACAAAUGCUGAGGCUGUGGCAGACCCUGUACAGCUUCUCCCAGCUGGGAGGCCUGGAAAAGGAUGGCAGCUUCGGUGAGGGCCUCGCCAUGAAGAAGCAGAGUGGCAUGCACCUGACUUUGCCUGAUGCCCAUGAUGCAGACUCUGGCUCCCGGCGGGCUUCGUCCAUCGCCGCCUCCCGGCUGGAGGAGGCCAUGUCAGAGCUGACUAUGCCCUCUUCGGUCCUGAAGCAGGGCCCCAUGCAGCUGUGGACCACGCUGGAACAGAUCUGGCUGCAGGCUGCUGAGCUGUUCAUGGAGCAGCAGCACCUGAAGGAAGCAGGUUUCUGCAUCCAGGAGGCGGCGGGCCUCUUCCCCACUUCUCACUCAGUACUCUAUAUGCGGGGCCGGCUGGCUGAGGUGAAGGGCAACCUGGAGGAGGCCAAGCAGCUGUACAAGGAGGCGCUCACAGUGAACCCAGAUGGCGUACGCAUCAUGCAUAGCCUGGGUCUGGUGCUGAGUCGGCUGGGCCACAAGAGCUUGGCCCAGAAGGUGCUUCGUGAUGCCGUGGAGAGGCAGAGUACGUGCCACGAGGCGUGGCAGGGCCUGGGCGAGGUGCUGCAGGCCCAGGGCCAGAACGAGGCUGCCGUUGACUGCUUCCUCACCGCCCUUGAGCUGGAGGCCAGCAGCCCUGUGCUGCCCUUCUCCAUCAUCCCCAGAGAGCUCUGACGACGCUGCAGCCGCAGGGAGGGAGGGGCUGGCCAGAGGGAGAGGCAGCAGGGAGUGUGGGUCAGGGUGGGGCAACAGUGGCAUCAGGUGCGGGGCCUCAGGGAAAUACAUCUUUAGUGAACGCCUCCGCAGCUGCAGCCCUCGUUCUCCUGGCUGGGCCAAGAGGGCCUUCCUGGAUUUCUUUGUUGGUGCCUUGGGAAACAGUCUGACUUGAACCCUAAGUGCCUUUGCAGAGUUUUGUGGUGACCAGACUUGCUCCCCAAGAGCUGGGCAGCGGGGAGCCUCACAGCUGUCCUUCACCCUCACCCAUGCCUCUGGCUUGGGGUCUGGGGGGGUGGUCUCACUCCCCACUCUCAGCACAGUACAGACUUCUGGAUCUCUCUCAGGUCUUGCCCAGGGCAGUCACAAUGUGAAGAAACUGCGGGCAAGUGAGAAGACUAUGAGAUUUCUGGGUUCCCUUCUCAGACUUGGAGUUAGUAGAUGAUUCCUGCAUUGCCCCUCCUUGCCCCCUGAGACCAGCUGGGCCCCACCUUGCUCUUUCCCCCUGCUACCAAGUGCCUUUGGGGCCUCUGGGGUCUGACCAGGGGUACUGAGCACCGGCCCUAACACUUCCAUUUCCACCCACCCCAUCUCCCUGGAAAUGUGCUCCAGCCCAAGCAGCCUCCGUAGGCUUUAGAUCCUGUGGUUGCUAGAUCCAGUCCUUUCUAAUACCCUGAGUCAACACAUUACUCCUGCAGGUCUUAGGCUACAAUGCAGGUCCCUUGAGGGCCACCAACAUGGAGGUAGGCAGUUUCUAGGACUGUCCCCAGUACAUCUCACCACCCACAGCCCUUUUUUUGCCUUGAUUCGAGCCUCACCCUGGCCUUUUGGCCUCCCCUGCCUGAGAGAGACCUGAGGAGGGGACGGGGCCCAGCCCCUCUCCUGUGGCUGAGCAGGCCUCUGUGUCCAUGACACCUGUCUUCCGGGCCUGGGGGCUGUGGGUGUAUGUCCUCCCUACUGGCUUCCCCGGCCCCUGCUGCAUGACGCUCUUGGAACUCUUCCCCAAGGAGUCAGUCCCCCAGGCCUAUCAGGGAAUCCUUUUGUAUCUGCACUUUGGGUUUUAGGUUCAAAGCUCCAUCAGGUACAGCUUGCAUUUCAGGAUGUGUGGAAAGCUCGGGUGAGGGCUGCCCUGGUUCAUCAUAGCUCCACCUUCCUCAGAAGGAGUGGGCCGUUGGAGACCCCCCCCAUCCAUGGCACACUAGCUCAGCACUGCAUGUCCCGAGAUGAUUCCCAAGACAGCUGGUGCCUCCUGGCUUUCCUGCGCCAGGCCAAGGGGCACCACAGAGGACCCUGGAUCCUUUGCCUCUUCUUGGUUGAAGGAUCUCUAUGUAUGUGUGUAUAUAAAUAUAGUUUUUUAUCUAUAUAUAUAUAAAAUAGAGAUCUAUUUUUUUUUCUGGAAUUCUGUUAGAAAAGUAAAGAAAAAGCAAAUGCUGUUGGUUUAUCUCAGGGUGCCCACAGUGGUUAUAGUCAAUUUUUGGUACUAGGAAAGGCACCCAAUGCAUUUCCUGACUUUUAAGCAUUUCCUUGUUGGAAGCAGCAGAGGGCCAGGCCAAGUUGCUGACAGUGACUUUGCAGGUUGAAUAAAGAAACCCUCGGAGGGGAAGCAGGCUUGUCUGAAGCAGCAUGUAUAUUCAUUGGGCAUGUAGCUCCCACACCAGCCUUGAGCUAGGCCCUGGACAGUAGGGGCUGUUACAGGAGGAGGGAGGCCAGAGAAGUCAUCGAAGCCAAGACCUGGGCCCAGCUGGGGAGGGAUGUGGGGAAGGAAGGAUGGGAGGGAGGACCCUCUGGGAAAAUGUGGAUUUGAGCUGGUGAGAGUGUUGCUACGGCUGGGCUAAAGCCUGGAGGAGGUAGGAGGAGGCAAGAGGGGUCCAGGCAGGACUGAUCCUGGCCUCUGACCUGUCCAGGGCGACCCCUGAAGCCCCUGCUGCCUCUGGGCAUUGCUGGGAGAGGCCAAGGCAGGACUCACGUCUGAACAGAGAUCCCCUCGGGCAUUGCUGAUGGGCCACCUUCAGCUGCAGGGAAGAAGCCUAGGAGAGGAGGCAUGGGAGAGACCUGGGCCUUGUUCAGAUUGGCCACCUCUGCUGAGAAGUCCAUACCAGUACACCCCUAAUAAGUUGUGCCACAUACCAACGUACUGUGGAUAUUAUAACCUGCAUUAAAACAACUCUGAAGAACGCU